ACUCCCCUAUCUGUUAAACGUUUGCGCCGAAAAUACAACGCUUUGGGCUCUUCCGACGGCAAAAAGCCGCGUUUUGAUAGACACUUCGGGGUAUUGGUUGCAAACUUCAAAGAAAGCGACUGGAAGUCGCAUGGCGUAGCUUUCCGUGUGAUGACAGAUUCCCACAAAGGGUGGGUUAUUUAACAACUGCCGCCCGACAAAGCAGACGUAAAUCGGAUCGUCCAGAGCUACCAUAGAUAUGUAUGACUUUUACUCAACAAACUUCAGCUAUCAGCCGCCGGCUUAUUCAAAUCCUUAUGCCUAUAAUGGGCCUGAUAUGAAUUCAUCUUGUGCACAUCGGUAUCCAGGUUAUGGGUUCCAUUCGCCAGGCCCAAUACACACUACUGCUGUACCAAGCUACCAGCCGUGUGAGCGAGUGUUGAACGUCUCAAGAUUGGAGAACGUUAGAAUGGCCAACAACACGCCCUCGUGUUCAGAUUUCUGCACUAAAACGUUGCACCAUUUUCCACCAACUCCACCACCAAACAUAAACAACUUCAACUGCAUCGAUGAGCCGCUGAAGAAACAAAGUGUGGACAAAAUGCACGAGGACAGCGAUCAUGAAGAUGAUAAAAUAGAAGGUUCCAAAAGCAAGGCUAGGAAGGAAAGAACAGUAUUCACAAAAUAUCAGCUACACGAACUUGAAAAAGAGUUUGGCCGAAACAACUAUUUGACCAGACUACGUAGAUACGAAGUGGCUGUCAGUUUGGACUUAACAGAGAGACAAGUUAAAGUAUGGUUUCAGAACAGAAGAAUGAAAUGGAAACGAGUUCGAGGAGGAAUACCACCUAAGAAAACAGCCUACGUGGAUCAAAUGGAUUUAGCAAUUUAUUGAACAGUGGUACGAAAGAUUCGAAUUUUUCGGUGUAAAGUUAUUGGUGUAAACUUAGAACAUUGUGUAAGGUCUUUUGACGAAGAAAUUCAAACUUGGCCUUACGCCCCAAGUAUAGUAAAGGAAUCUUCCCAGUUCAUUUUCUAUAUCAUUUUGUAAAUGUAUAAAAGAACAGCAUCUUUUUCAAGGUUUUAAUCAGUAUUUCCUAUUUCAAACGAUGGUUUAAUACGAUUUUUUUGGUAAAUCCUAGAUUGAAUAAGGUUGGAUCGAUUUUACGACCUGCGCCGCACUAUGCACGUGUAAAUGGUAUUUCCUCAACAUUGUCGCUUAUGUUUCAUACAGAUUUGAAUCGACAGCACUGGAUGAAAUAUCCAUUGCAUGCCAAAACGUCGAAUCAAAUCAGCUUUCAUUCUACUUUAAUUUCCUUCAGGAAGUGUUCAGCUUGUAAGGAAGAAUAACAUUUAUGCAAUUUCAUUGGGUUAAUUCUCCAAUCAACAAGAAUUAAAAUUGGAUUAUAUAAUUAUAACAAACGCUGAAUGCUGACAUAAACAGCUCAGCUUGGCAAAAGCUAGGAACUUACACUUUUCUGACGUUCGAUGUUCAUUAGUAAAGCGUGUAUUUCAUUUGUUUGUGAGAUGCUGUACUAUUUCUCAAUAGUUAUCAUUUUCUUCAAAGAAAUUAAUUAUUCCAGUUUAAGAAUUUAGUUUUGUUUUUUAAAAGAAGAUACACAUCAUUUGGAGAGAUCAUACAUCAAGAAUGUUUUUGUUCUGCUAUUUAUUGUCUAAACAGAUUAUUUACAAGAAUGCUUUGAAAAAAUAUUUACCAAGAUAGAAUGCGUUACCGCAAGCGUUGAUAAAUAUACAUGAAAUAAAAACAGCGUGAUGUGAAGUUAAAAUAACAAGAAAUAAAUGUUUAAGAAUAUUGAUA